AUGGCUCCACCAAUGAAGACUGGUAGACGCAACCUCUCCUAUACGUUCCCGAAUCCGAAUCUGGAUUCUCUUGAGUGUUUAGCAAAGAAGAUUACGCCAGAUGAAUCGACCAAGUUCCGAGAGAAAUAUGGGUAUAUUCUGAGCCUUCUCAAGAUGCCAUUCACCAAGUACGAGCAAGAAGGAGUUCAUACCCUGCUUCAGUUCUACAACCCUCCUCUUCGCUGUUUCACGUUUCCCGACUACCUCUUGGUUCCUACAUUAGAGGAGUAUUCGUUUUAUCUGGGUGUUCCGGUCAAAAAAGAAGAAGUUCCAUACUAUGGCACUAUGGAGGCCCCUACGUUCGUUGAAAUUUCUAAGGCUCUUUAUUUGAGCAAGUCGGUUGUGGAAGCAAACCUCUCCAAAAAAGGGGGAUGUCUUGGUUUUCGUAUGGAGUUUUUAGUUCAAAAGGCUUGUGAUGCUGUUGAGGGAAAAGAAUGGGACACAUUUAGGGCUAUCCUCGCUCUAAGUAUCUAUGGUAUCAUGAUGUUCGCAAACGUUCCUAACUUUGUUGACAUGAAUGCAAUUCAUAUAUUCAUUCUGCAAAAUCCGGUUCCUACACUUUUGGGGGAUGUUUACCACUCCAUUCAUCACAAGAAUAGUCAAAAGGGAGGUUUGAUUAGAUGCUGUGCUCCGUUGUUAUAUCGUUGGUUCAGGUCACAUUUGCCUGAGCGUGGUGCUUUCGUUGAUAAUAGGCACACAUCUAAAUGGGCUGAGAGGAUUAUGGGGCUUAGAGCCAAAGAUAUUGUAUGGCACAACAGAUCUUUAGAUGACAUGGAAGUUAUUAUGAGUUGCGGAAAGUUCAAAAAUGUACCUCUCAUGGGCCUUAGAGGCGGAAUCAACUAUAAUCCCGUCCUGGCUAGGAGAACAUUUGGAUAUGCUUUUAUCAGUCCCCCUGAGCAGACAGAAAUUGCUGAGAAUAUUUUCUAUCAUUCAGCCACCGACAGUGGGCAGAUGGCAGAAGCUGUACAAGCUUGGAAGAGUAUUUGUUGGAGAGAUAAGAAACAUUUUUGUCAGAGACAUUGUGCUACUUACGAGGAUUAUACUAAGUGGGUCAAAUAUGUGGUUGAUUCUCAAGGGAUGCCUUUCUCUCCUAAAGAUCCUUUGUACCCCCCUGCUGGUGAACUAUCCAACAUUGUCUCCAUGCCUCGUUAUAACCAAACUGUGGAUGAGAAUCGAAGAUUGACUGAACAGGUGGAAACAAUGCAUGUUAAGAUGAAUACUGCUCGGCAAGAGAAGCUUUCCGCACUCCAUAAGUUGAAAUUAAGAGAAAUAGAGCUCGAAGAAUUGUAUGCUAGAGGGAGUACUUCCCAAAAGAGGCCAAGGAUGACUGUAGGUGCUAAAUCCACCGAAACCCAAGAGAAGAAGAUGAAAGAGCAUUAA